CACUCCUUACAGACAGUUGACGAAGCUGUACUUGUUCACAGGGUCGAUGCAGUUAUAUGCAAGUAUGCGAUAACGCAUAAGCUGACCGGGAAUCCUUUCUUACUUGCUGCCACUUACGUUGCUUCAAUCAAUACAUAAGAGGUAGCAUUCUAUGAGGGGGGCGUUGCUGCCCCGCGGCUGCCCAGGCGGCUUGCGUGGGUCAGCUUCUGCGGUUGCAGAUGUAUUAGCUGCGCCGGUUCGCGCCGUCGCUGGAGCAGCCGAAGGCGACCCAUCACCGGAACUGCUGCGCACCGCCGACGGUCCUACUGAACAGAGUUGCAACUUAAACACUCAGUGCAGGACAGCAGAAACAUCUAGCACCUGCACUACUCCAAGUUUACUGGCGCUCAGAAGCGCAGCCGAUGCCGGGCCCAUAGCAAAUCCGCUCGCGGCGCCGCCCGAGAGCUCUCGGCCAGUAAGCGGCUUUACGUGGACAGCAACAUCAUCCAUAGCAUCUCAGCUUCCAAACCGCUGCUCAUCGCUCUCGCCUGCGGGUCCUCGUCAAUUGCAUACCGGGCACGGCUCUGGCCGCGACCUGAGCCCUAUUGCUCGCUCUAGCCUAGGCCGUCCGCACGCUCCUGGCCCCCUUGGGCGGGCCCAAAGCGUGCUAGCGGAGGACACUUGCCACGCGGCCGCGCCUAACCCCCCUGGUCACGCUGCCUUGGCCUCUGCUGCCUUUCCUGAGCCGCAGCGUGCAGCAGCUUCAUCAGAGCUCCCACCUCAGGGAUAUCUGUACGUACGUGGCGGGAAUGGAUCAGCUGCUGCAGCUGCCGCUGGCGCCUCUAGCAGCGGCAGCGGAGCCUACUCGGGUGUCAGCGCAGCAGCCACUGGCGGCGAUUGGAGCCCGGAACCACAGGACUCCGCGCUUGAAACCGACCAGCUAGCAGCUUUGUUCAGCGAAGUACCUUCUUCGUCAACCCCAGCACCAUCUCCUGCUGGUUUCGGGGCAACCAGUUCUGGGGUCCCCCAUCAACAUCCAGCCAGCCGCUUUGCUGAUCAAGCGUUGCCACGGUUGCAAAGCGUGUACAACACGACUGCUGAGGCGAGCAGCAGCAGGGCUCCAUCCGCUCUUUCAAGCCUAGCCAGAGCCGCUGACAGCAGCAGCGCUGCUACCACAACUGAGGCGGCGCUACUGGAGGUGGCCUCGUCCUCUGGCGCCUCCUCCUCCUCCUCCUCCUCCUCCCAUCGCCGCCUUACAGGGGGGCUCAAAAUUGAUGCUACCCGAGCAACAGCGCUAUCACGUGUCGUACAACAGGCCCUUGCCGUACAACAACUCUCCCGACUGCGUGUACGGCCAGCCACGGCGCCAACAGCACCUCAUGGGGCGGCAGGGGAGGCUGAUGCUGCUGCUGCUGUUGCUCACCCGCAGCAACAGCCGCAGUCGGAGCUAGACUCCUCGGAGCUCGCAGCCGCCUCCUUAGCUCCUUCCUCGUCCUCCCCUGCGCCCGGGGAGGCUGUGCCGGCGGCAGCAACAGAGGCUGCUUCAACCGCCACUGGGACAUCCUUUGCUGACGCUGCGCCUGCCGGAGGGGCACCCGCACAGGCCUCCCUAGGGCCCGGGUGGAGGCGGCCGACGCCUUUCGCAGCUGCCUCCUCCGCAGGUCCCUCCCGCGAGGCUGGCCGCGCUGCCGCACCGGCACCCGCACCUGCAGCCAGCGCCGGGGAUGCGCUUGCGAGCGCCUCAGCCGCCCUGGAUGCGGAGGCGGGGGUGAUGGGGCUGCGUGCGGGGCGGCCCACGGCGGCGGCGGCCGCCAAUCGUGGCGCCGCGGGUGGCACCGCCGCGGCGCUGACGCUGAGGGGACUGGCGCUGGAGCGGCUGUCAAGGCCGCAGCCGCUGCCGAUUGGGAAGGCCGGGGCUGGUGCUGCGGUCGGUGGUGCUGCUCGUGCAGGGGCGGCGGCGCCGGUGAGCGCCUCCGAGCUGCGCAUGCGGGCGCAGCGGCUGCAGGCGGAGCAGCAGCCGCAACAGGAGCAGUUGUGGCACGUGCAGCAGCAGCAACCUCAGCAGCAGCUGGGGCAGACGGGUGCGGUUGCGGACACGGUUGCCGUGGAGGCUGCGUCUGGGUCCUUCGCGGUUGCAGAGGUCAGGCGGGCUCCUGACGCAGCAGCUGCUGCCACAGUUGCUCCUGCUCCGCCGUCUGAGCCUUCUGCUGCUGCUACAGCUGCACCUGCUGCUAACGUCGGUGCCGCUGCUGCUGCGGCGGCGGAGCUCUUGCAGUACACCGACGAAAUCCCAAUGGUCGCCGUCACACCCAGCACCACCUCUACCACAGCUGCUGCUGCUACAACCGCCGCAAGCACUAGCGAGGCUGCAACGGCCACAACCGCCCCUGCGGUCUCCCUGCAGGAGCCGUCACACGCUCCGGCGCCUGCUGAGGCAGCUGCCACCCCGGCAGCAGCGGCCCCCCCCAGGUACUGCGACGACUACUUGACGCAUGCGCCGCCUGAUGACGAACCCUACCUGGGCGACCGGGAUGAGGCGCUCAAGGCGGUGCCCAGGCGGCGCGGCUUCUUCGGCCUCGCCCUGUCCGGCCUCACUGCCCUGCAACAGCACGUGAAGGGUGUGGUGAGCGAGUGGCGUGCAUGGGUGACACCGGGGGCUGCUCCGCCCGCGGCAACACCACCCACGCCGGACGUCCCGUCGGCGACGUCGUCGUCGGCAGCGGCUGCCCCUGCGGAGGCGGUAGCGGCGAGUGCCAAGCCCCAGCUGUCUCCAGACGCCGUGUAUGAUGACCUCAUGGCCUCGUUGCGAACCGGCAAGCCAGCCGAGGUGGAGCAGCUGGCGGACCUGGUCAGCCCGGGUGCCACCGCUACAGCUACUGCUACGGCCACCGCCGCCACUGCCGUGCCACAUGCGGCUGGGCGCCUGGCUGAGGCAGCAGCGCCGGCAUCCGCAGCGCUGACGGAGGCGGUGGCGGCUGAAGCUGCCGACGCGGUGCAGCAGCCCAUGGCUGUGGUGGCAGAGCUCAAGCCGCUUCCAGUGAUGGAGGCAACGCCGGCGAGUGCAGUGGAUGCCGCCUCCGCCACAGCCACGGCAGCUGAGCAAGCGGUGCAGCAGCAGCAGCUGGCCUCGGAGGCUGUAGCGUCUGCGGUGGCGGAGGUGGCAGCGGCGCCUCGCUCGCUUCUGGACCUGAUUCGCAGCCAGGCGGCUCAGGAGGCGGCCGCCAGGUUCGCUGCCGUGCGGGAGGCCAGGGAGCGCCAGUUGAAGGAGCGCAAGGAGGCGGCGGCAGCGGCGGCGGCGGCACGUGCCGCUGCAGCCGAGGCGGCAGCGGCCGAAGCGGCGGCGCUGGCGCCGGCCAUGCAGCAGCAGGUGGCGGCCCCUCUGGAUGCUGAGGAGGGGCUGCAUCAGCUGCUGUCGCAGGUGCCCACUGCGGGCCCGGUGGCGGGGGUGCCGGAGCUGUCGCUGGGGCCGUCGGGGGCAUUCCUGGUGCCGCCGACACCGACACCGCAGUCGCAGCCGCAGUCGCAGCGUGUGGAGGUGUACCGGCAGCAGCAGUAUCAGCCGUGGGCCCGGCGACAGCAGGGCGCCCAGGCGCCCACAGGGCCCGAUUGGGCGACGGAGAUGGCGGCGCUCUUCACCGCCCCCGGCGGCUCCGCCGGCACCCCUGCCGCCGCUGCUGCCACCUCCGCCAAGGCGGCGGAGGCGGCCGUGGAGUCGUACACCGACGAGACGGCGGCGGCGCUGGAGGCAGCGGCGGUGGCGGACGCGGCGGCGGCGGCGGCACCCACCGGCAGGCGGUCCCUGUUUGGCGAGCCUCAGCAGGUGCCGAUGUGGGGGUGCGGGUGCGGGUUUGCAAUGUGUGCUGGCCUUGGGGCGGUGCUGGAAGAGGGGGAAGUGGGCUCCUCGGCUGCUGCGAGUAGGCAGGCGACCACGCAUUCCUCACGCACAUCCUCACAU